UUUAUUAUUUUACAUAAUUGUAAUUAUUUUUUUAUCCGUAAUGUAUUAUAAAUACUGGGAUAUUUAAAAGUUAAUUCAUCGAUUCAUAUCUAUUCACGAGAUUAAAUUCAUAAUUUUCCAUUAACACAUUAGAAGAUAACGUGAAAAUUGAACUGACAGAGUAGAUUAAGAUUGUCAAAAAUAUCGAUAAAGUAGAUAUUUCUUUAUUUGAUAUUUUCAUCUUGCCAGAAUAUCUCUUGUUCUAGAUCGAUAAAACAGAUAAAGAACACAGUAUGUAUUGUAGCUCUCUUAGUUUGUGUAAGACUUUCAGUACGACAGUCAGCGAAAGUUUUCAAGCACUUGAAUAUUGUACAUUAUUGGUAACUUUGCAGACAGAAAUAAAAACACAGAAUUCGUAAACACGAUGCUUGAACAGGCGAUGAGGGAACAUAGACCACUAGAUGUUGUACAAAAUGCCAUGGGCGUUAUGGGUCCAUGGCACAUUGUCAUUGCUGUAGCACUUUCUCUUGUAAAAUUUCCUGUUGCUUGGCAUCAACUCUCUAUUAUAUUUCUUGCACCACCGACCAAUUUUUCAUGCGCUGCUCCAAUGUCAACAACUAACGAGUCUACGAUAAUGAAAUGUUAUGUAGAUGUAGGAAAUGGUACUAUGGAAAAGUGUACAAGUUUUAAGUAUGAUAAGCGUAUAUUUAAGGAUAGCAUUAUAACUCGGUGGGACUUGGUCUGUGACCGUGAACAAUUAGCAAAUUUUGUACAAUCUUGUAUAAUGUUUGGGGUCUUAAUUGGCAACUUAGUGUUCAGUAUAAUGGCUGAUCGAAUUGGCAGAAAGAAACCUUUGAUGAUAGCAAUAGGAUUACAAUCAUUAACUGGAAUGAUAAGUGCAUUUGUUCCAUGGUAUGAAUUAUUUGUGUUAUUUAAAUUCAUUUCUGCUGUAGCUACAGGUGGUACUAUGCUUGUUAGCUUUGUUUUACUUAUGGAGAUUGUAGGAGUAGAAUGGAGAUCAAUUAUGUCAGUCCUCUUUCAUGUGCCAUUCUUACUUGGCCACUUAAUGAAUCCCUUAAUUUCAUACUUAACACGAACAUGGGAUGGUUUUCAAUUGGCAGUUUCUAUACCAUCAAUUUUUUUAUUGUCAUAUUACUGGAUUAUACCUGAAUCACCAAGAUGGCUACUUGCUGUUGGUAAAUUAUCAGAAGCAGAACAAAUUCUAAUGAAAGCAGCUGGCAGAAAUAAAAUAUCAACAGAUAAUGUUAAAACAGCGAUUGAAACAUAUGAAAGUAACAUAGGAGUUCGUCAUAAACAAAAUAAAGAGAAAUAUAAUAUUACACAUUUGUUUAGAACACCGAAUCUAAGACUGAAGACUAUUUGUAUAUGUAUUAAUUGGUUCGUUUGUGGUAGCUGCUUUUUUGGAUUAGCACAGUAUAUGGGUUACAUUGAUGGUAAUAUCUUUGUGAAUGUUGCCGUAUCAGCUGUUAUUGAACUACCUGGCACCAUAGCAGUUCUAUUUUUGAUAUCACGUGUAUCACGGUUAAAAAUUUUAAUGGGUGGUAAUCUGUUGUCCGCUUUAAGUUUGCUUUCAUUAGCUGUGAUGUCAAAUUCGGAACAUACAAUAUUUUUGGCUACAUUAGGGCUUGCGGGAAUGUCAUUUAGUUUUCCUACAAUAUAUCUCUAUAGCAGUGAAGCAUUUCCGACUGUAGUUAGAAAUGUUGGAGUAGGUUUAGGAAGUGUUUGCGCUAGGGUCGGAAGUAUGAUCGCACCAUAUAUUGCAACGAUGGGAAAAAUUGAACCCUGGUUACCACCAGUAAUAUUCGGAGCAGGACCUUUACUUGGUGCGGUGUUGUGUUUAUUGUUACCAGAAACAAUGAAUUGUGAAUUACCCGAAACCAUUGAAGACGGAGAAAAUUUUGGAAAAAAACAAACUAAAAGAAGUAGAACGAAGUAACAUUCGUUAAAAAUUAGGAAAAAACGAUAAAAAAUUUAAAUUAAUUGCUCAACAUUUUCAAUGAAAAUGUA